UACCGGGACCCGCGCUGCGUCCCUCGGCCGCCUCUCGCUGACCCCGAACCAGGGAGGGCGGAGCGCACCCGCCACUCGGAGGGGCAGCCUUGGAACCCGUGCGUGAUUCUUUGUUUUGGAACCUUCCCGGAUUCUCUCUGAGCCGAGCCCACCCAUCCAGCAAGAUAGAGUCCCUUCGGGUGCCGGUAGAGUUCCUGAAGGUGCCCCUUGGCUUGAGGAAGCCGGCAUUGAAGGAGGUGCCAGUGGGGCCCCCCAAAAGGCCCCCACCCGCGGCCCUGGAUCGCUACAAGGCACGGCGCUCUGACGCCAUGGACACGGAGUCCCAGUACUCGGGCUACUCCUACAAGUCAGCGCAUUCCCGGGGCUCCCGCAAGCACAGGGACCGCCGGGACCGCCACCGCUCCAAGAGCCGGGACGGGAGCCGGGGGGACAAAUCUGUGACCAUCCAGGCUCCUGGGGAACCACUGCUGGACAAUGAGUCCACACGUGGGGACGAGCGGGAUGACAACUGGGGCGAGACCACGACGGUUGUGACGGGCACCUCUGAGCACAGCAUCUCCCACGAUGACCUCACGCGCAUCGCCAAGGACAUGGAGGAUGGUGUGCCACUGGAUUGCUCGCGCCACCUGGGCGUGGUGGCGGGGGCCGCCCUGGCGCUGCUAUCUUUCCUCACGCCGCUGGCCUUCCUGCUACUGCCCCCGCUGCUGUGGCGAGAGGAGCUGGAACCAUGCGGCGCUGCCUGCGAAGGCCUCUUCAUCUCCGUGGCCUUCAAGCUGCUCAUUCUGAUGCUGGGCAGCUGGGCCCUGUUCUGCCGACGACCCCGUGCCGCCUUGCCGCGUGUGGUGGUUCUCCGCGCGCUGCUCAUGGUGCUCGUCUUCCUGCUCGUGGCCUCCUACUGGCUCUUCUAUGGCGUGCGCAUCCUGGACGCUCGCGAGCGCAGCUACCAGGGUGUCGUGCAAUUCGCCGUGUCGCUGGUGGACGCGCUGCUCUUCGUGCACUACCUGGCCGUGGUCCUGCUCGAGCUGCGCCAGCUGCAGCCACACUUCACGCUCAAGGUGGUGCGCUCCACAGAUGGCGCCAGCCGCUUCUACAAUGUGGGCCACCUCAGUAUCCAGCGUGUGGCCGUGUGGAUCCUGGAGAAAUACUACCACGAUUUCCCUGUGUACAACCCUGCUCUCCUCAACCUACCCAAGUCCGUCCUGGCCAAGAAAGUGUCUGGCUUCAAAGUGUACUCUCUCGGAGAGGAGAACAGCACCAACAACUCAACUGGCCAGUCGCGGGCAGUGAUUGCAGCUGCAGCGCGGAGACGGGACAACAGCCAUAAUGAAUACUACUACGAGGAGGCUGAGCAUGAGCGGAGGGUGCGCAAGCGCAGGGCCAGACUCGUGGUAGCUGUGGAGGAGGCCUUCACACACAUCAAGCGGCUACAGGAAGAAGAGCAGAAAAACCCAAGAGAGGUGAUGGACCCCCGGGAGGCCGCCCAGGCUAUCUUUGCAUCCAUGGCCCGGGCUAUGCAGAAGUACCUGCGUACCACCAAGCAGCAGCCAUACCACACAAUGGAAAGUAUCCUGCAGCACCUGGAGUUCUGCAUCACCCACGACAUGACGCCCAAGGCCUUCCUGGAGCGCUACCUGGCAGCUGGCCCCACCAUCCAGUACCACAAGGAGCGUUGGCUGGCCAAGCAGUGGACGCUGGUGAGUGAGGAGCCGGUGACCAGUGGGCUCAAGGAUGGCCUGGUAUUCCUGCUUAAGCGCCAGGACUUCAGCCUGGUGGUCAGCACCAAGAAGGUGCCAUUCUUCAAACUCUCAGAGGAGUUUGUGGACCCCAAGUCGCACAAGUUCGUCAUGAGGCUGCAGUCAGAGACGUCCGUGUGACCUCGCAGGGCUCCUGGCCAGUAGGGCUUGGGGUGCCUCUGCUGCUGGUGUUUUUACUUGAAUCAGCCUCUCCUUUCUCUCCCUGGAAGCCCCUUUCCCUCUCACACUCCUGUACCCCCAGGCCAUUCUGUCAGGGAAAGGGGUCCCUUCUGGAAGGUUCUCUGGGGGCGCAGAAAAGUGCAGCCCUGCACCUCACUCCUGCAGG